GUCAGAAUUAUCAGUGAUCGGUGGAAACUUAACCAAGCGUCGAAUAAGUUUAGCUCCAGAUUUUGGUCUGAGAACAUCAGCCGACGACGAACUCGAAACUUGUUACAUCCGAGUUUCGAUCCCAACGGCUGCUGUGGUGAAGUGAACAAUUCAAGUGAAACUAACAAAAAUGAUUAAGUUCGUCGCUGUUCUUGCUGUGCUGUGUGGAAUCACUGCAGGGUACAGGGUUCCGGUGCAGAAUGCCUUCAUGUACUACCAACAACCAAUGGGGUACAUGCCAUCGCAGAUAUAUGGAAUCCACUACCAGAACCAACAGCUUAAAAAUCAACGUGUAUCUGCCUUCGCUGCUGGAAACACCAUCGCCACUGGCACGUAUCUGAAGGAUUGUCAAAAUACAGAUGAUGAGAGUGACGAGGAGGCUGUUCAGGACCCGAACGUGGAAGCUGUUGCUGAAGCCAACCCAGCUGAGGUCCCAGUCGAAGACGAAUCGAACCAAGAUGCCCCGGCUGUUAACGAGACCGAGGAUGAGGAGUCAGUCGCCGAUGAACCAACUGCUGCUCCAGUUGCCCCAGCCGUAGCUCCAGCCACGGUUCCCGAGAAGAAGAAAAAAAAGGUUCCCGCCGUUCCAGUCGACUCCGACGAAGAAGAGGAACAGGUCACUAAGGGAGGUCGCCGUGGUGCCAGUGAUUCGGCUGCCCCGAAUGCUUUCUUCCCAAUCAGCUUCGGAAGUACGAGCGGUGGACCAAUUGCUAUUGCCAACUCGUACAACACCGGCAAGGAAGGUACCGCUUCCAGCACUGCUAUCGCCCACGGAAGCUCACCUACCGAUGAGCUGAGACGAGUUCCAGUUCAGCUGAAGAAGAAACCCUCUAAGCUGCAAGCAAGGAAGAUUUAAAAUAGAAUUAUGUAGUUAGGAACAGCUUAGCUCAUCCGUAGGAUGAUCAGAACAAUGGGGAAAUAGCAUUUAAUUUCUGAAGAAGUGCAAUACACACACAAUACCUAUUUAUUUUGUAAAUAACCGACUUCGUAAUUCCAAAAAAGUAUUUGAAUACAUGUGAUCACAGCAAUAUA